GGGUGAAGGAUAGUUGGGUUAUAAAGUGACUAUUAGUAUGUUAGUUGUCCUCUACCAGUCCCACGAAACCCUCUUAUACCUAUUACACCAAGGCUUUUUCCUUUGAGCACGUCAAGCCAGUCUCUCUUCUCUUCUACCCCUAAUCUCUCCAGCCAAACAUCAUGGAACCAGCACAGAGUGCCGUAGCGAAGCCGCACCUACGGCGGCUUUCCUCGACGGACGGCGAGUCUCCGUUCCCCCUGGUGUCACUAUCAGCGGAUCUGGCAGUUCUGAUCGCCGAUUCAUUCCUCGAGCCUGCAUCGGCCGUGGCGCUCUCCCUCACUUGCAAAGACCUAAAAUCCCUCCUCUUCGCCAGCUCGCUGCAAAGACUCCGGUUAUUAGACCUAGAAGAAUUGCUGCUCUUACUCGAGCGGGACUCGGCGGCUCCGUAUCCGAAGUACUACUGCUACGACUGCACACGACUACAUUCCUUCGAUCCUGCCGACCGCCGCCCAGGUAUUGUUCUGAAUCCUGGUGCGACCCUGCAAGACACAUGUGGUGGGAGAAAUACGCGCUUCCCCGGGAGCCGGCUUAUGAUCAGCUACCGCCACGCUCGCCUCGUCAUGAACCAGCACUUUUACGGCCCGCAAGGGGGGCUUCCCUCGAGCGUGUUCGACGUCGAGUACCGCGCGGGGUGCUCCGACCCGUGGACACAGAAAUGGUCGGCUAUGGUGGUAGACGACGAGCUGUUCUUAUCCGCCACACACACCCUAGCUUUCACUGGCCACGAUUUGGAGUUUCGAACUUAUCUCAACCAACACACGCACCAGAUCUGCGUCCACGUGGGGACGAACAAAGUCAUCGCAAAUCACCACUGGAUGGACGUUCUGCAGCGUAUGGCGACCUACACCCCUCGCAAGGCAAAAUGUUUCUCCCGGAAGACCAGGUGGCCUAACAGUUACAUCAUAAACAUCACCAACGGCGAUGAAUGUGCGCCCACCGUGGCAAUGGAACCACCAAACCAGCGUUUGAAGUGUAGUUGGUACAUCCCUGGGUCUUGCGGCUUCUGCGCCACCGAUUACACGACGACGCUUGAGAGAUUUAACCCCGAAAACUGGCACUCCCAGGAACAAUGGCGGCUCACCAUCGUCACCUACCAUCAGUUAGGCAGCUGCCGGUCGCCAUCUGAUCCCGUAUGGAAGGCAUUUAACGGGACAUACCACUCCCAUCUAGCCCGAUCUCAGUUAGAACCUAGAAGCGUGGAGGAUAAGUGGUUUAGUACGGAAGCCCAUAUCUACACUAGGGAAAACCCCAUUUUUGGAGGCGAACGCCCCAUUUAAUACACGAUAAGGAAGCCUAUAACCUCUCUACUAUUAGUUACCACAGUUGAAUCUGCUUCCACCAUGUAUUGUUAGCAACAAACCGGUGGAAAUAGCUAGCGCAUAAAAAACAUGUCAAGGGUACGCCGAUAGCAUUGGGUGCAACCCGAACUCAGAAUGUCGAUCCCCUUUCCUCGCAACACGCAUUCUCCAGGCGAACCUGAGAAUCUGCGCCUGCCAAGUCUCAGUGAGUAUCGUGGCUCCAUAGGUUGAUGUUGC